CUCAAGAACCAAUCUACAUCACAAACACAUUGACAAGCAAAAUCAGCUCUCCAAAAAAGUAUAUUUAGUGAAUCAAAUUGAGCAGCACAGAGCUUGUUAGAGACAAUUUGAUACAUGGCACAGGCAAUGGCUUCAAUGGCUGGCCUACGUGGAACAUCUCAGGCUGUCCUUGAAGGUAGCCUCCAGCUAAGUGGUUCAAACAGGUUGUUGAAUGUGCCUAGCAACACCGCUCGUGUGGCUGUGGCACGUCCUGUUCUUACUGUUAAAGCCCAGCAACAAGUGUCCGGUGAGCCUGAAACUAGCCGUAGGGGCAUGUUGGGUCUUGUUGCCGCUGGUUUGGCUUCUGGUUCUUUUGUUCAAGCUGUUCUUGCUGCCUCUCUCCCUAUCAAAGUUGGCCCUCCUCCCGCUCCUUCUGGCGGACUACCUGGGACGUUGAACUCUGAUGAAGCAAGAGACUUGGUCCUGCCAUUGAAAGAAAGGUUUUUCUUGCAACCACUCCCCCCAGCUGCGGCAGCAGCAAGGGCUAAGGAGUCAGCUAAGGAAAUCAUUGGUGUGAAAGGUUUGAUUGACAAGAAGGCUUGGCCUUAUGUCCAAAAUGAUCUUCGCCUCAAGUCUUCAUAUCUUCGUUAUGAUCUCAACACUGUUAUAUCUGCUAAGUCCAAGGAUGAGAAGAAAUCCCUCAAGGAACUUACUGGAAAACUCUUUGAUACCAUCAGCAAUCUGGACCAUGCAGCAAAGAUUAAGAGCACCCCUGAAGCAGAGAAGUACUAUGCUCAGACUGUAUCUGCUCUGAAUGAUGUUCUUGCUAAGCUUGGUUAAGAGAAAUUCAUGUAUUUUGAUCUCAGCUUUUGUGAAAAUUUUUUGUGAGACACUUCAUUUUGGAUGUUCUUUGAAGGAAUUCUAGUUCUGCAAAAGAAUAAUUAGUGCCUUCAUUUUCUGUU